GAGAGAAGAAGGAGGAGGAGGGGGAGGAGGAGGAAGAGGAUGAGAAGGAGAAGAAGAAGAAGUAGUAGAAGGAGUAUAUCAGCGGAUGUGUAGAGGAUGUUGUGAGUGUGACGGAAGAUGACAGCAGCUGCUGCUCGGUUCUUUCUCAAUUUCCGGUCAGCUCUGCGUCCUGUGGUUCGGACCGCUAGGACCGGAUCUACCAGAGGAAUCCGAACCGGAACUCCAGGGAAGUUGAUGCGGAGCGGAGACAGCAGGAAGACAGUGAUCUGUGUUGAGGGGAACAUCGCCAGCGGGAAGACGACGUGUCUGGAUUAUUUUAGAAAUACGAGCAACAUCCAGGUCCUGACAGAACCAGUGUCCAAAUGGAGGAACGUCCGUGGACACAAUCUUCUGGCCCUGAUGUACCAGGAUCCUCAGCGCUGGGGAAUCUCUUUGCAGACUUACGUUCAGCUCACCAUGCUGGAUAAACACCAGUUAGCCACGACUGCUCCAGUCACCAUGAUGGAGAGGUCGAUCUUCAGCGCCAAGCACAUCUUCGUGGAGAAUCUCUACCGGAGUGGAAAAAUGCCAGAGGUGGAUUACAUUGUUCUGACCGAGUGGUUCGAUUGGAUCACAACAAAUGUUUCCCUCCCUGUCGACCUGAUCGUUUACCUGCAGACGUCUCCUCAGACCUGCCAUGAGAGGCUGAAGCAGCGAUGCAGAGAGGAGGAGAUGGUCAUUCCACUGGAGCAUUUGGAGGCCAUCCACCAGCUGCAUGAAGACUGGCUCAUUAAGGGCAGCUCCGCUCCGGUUCCUGCUCCUGUUCUGGUGAUUCCUGCCGACUAUGACCUCCAGAAGAUGCUGCACAAGUAUGAGGAGCACCGAGAGACGAUUCUAAAAGCUACCAACUCUUGAUGCGCGCACACACACCCACACACACACACAGAGAAGUUUUUUUUACGAUGGCUUAAACUCACUAGAUGUUAGGAAAUUUUUAUUUAGGAUUUUUUCCAACACUGGAUAACUUUGGACCAAUAAACGAAGCUGCUUAUUUAUCUAUAAGGACAUAUAUGGUGCUUCUCUGCUAAAAAUGUGAAAAUUACUGUAGAAUCAAUUAAUUUUCACAAUAUUUUAUUGCAAGAGCAUAAUGUCAGUAAAAAACUGUAAAAGUGUCUUGGCUUAAGCUCCAGGGUCUUACUUUGGGAAGUCAAGGUUACAACUAGAAGUGUAUUGAAAUUCUGAUAAGCUGAAAAAGUGUAAUUAAAGAAAGAUUUGUGUGAUCUUAAUAAUUACUGGAUUGUUAAGACUGUGGUUUUGCAGCACUCAAACUUUUGUUUGGCUCUGUAUUCAUUUUGAAGUUAUGCUGCUGUAAUAAAAUAUGAGUCAUUUAAGACUUUCUGCACGUCUUUACCAGCGGAGCAGACAGUUUGUCUCUUGACGUGUUCUUGAGGAUCAUCAUUAAUGUGUAUUUGAAAAAAAAAAUUUUAAAUCUGUUUUGAGUGGAAAAGCUUCAAACGCACACAUAACCUCAGCUUGUGUCAAACAUUCCCCCUGAAACAGUUCUUUGAAUAAAAUGUUUUUUAAAAUCCCAAA